UGGGCAUCAUAUUGAGAACAUAAUUUAGUACUAGUUGGACACUUUCAUGGAAAUUGUAAACCUUGGUUUCUUCUUCCGAACCAGCCACGAAGGUCUUUGCUCUUGAAAGACAUGGGAAAUGGCUACCACUUACGCGUACAGGAACGGUCAAAACUCCCAUUUAAUUUGAGAAACUCAUACAAGUCAACGACUUGAACACUUCAAACGGUUAUUAAUCCCCGUUAUAUUCUCUCUUCAACGCCGUCCUCUCCGUCGUCAACCGUCGUCUUCCCCAUCCCCACCUCUCCUCCAUUUCUACUUCACCAACGACAAAUCCAUUUCUUUAAAUGCAAUUAAGAAGCUUCCUACUUUUUCUCCAUUUCCUUCUUCCAAUUUGAUUUUGACAACUUCUUCUCAUUCCCAUUGGAGAUUCCACAUUUCCGAGAAAAAUAAAGAAAAAUAAAGAAAAGUCUUGUCAAAAUCUCCAAUAUUUUAUAUAUUCCGUCACUAAUUAAACCAUAAUUAUUAGUGAAGUGGUUCAUCUCUCUGUUCUGUUCAUAAUGGCUUGGUUGAAGAAUUUUCUGUCUUUCUUUACUUUCCGCAGUUCCUCAAGGAGAUUUCGGGAAUUAGAUCCUUCUGCACAUACAAUAAAAUCCCAUGGAGCCAAAGUUGCUAAGAAUCAUUUACACGACUGGUUGAUUCUUCUACUUCUCGUUGUGAUUGAAGUGGUUUUAGUGUCAAUUCAUCCAUUUUAUCGCUAUGUGGGAAAAGAUAUGAUGACGGAUCUUAAGUUUCCCUUUAAAGAUAAUACAGUUCCUGUUUGGUCUGUCCCUUUGUAUGCUGUUAUAUUGCCAAUUUUGAUAUUCUUGAUCGUCUACAUACGGCGGAGGGACGUUUAUGAUUUGCACCAUGCCAUUUUAGGUCUUUUAUUUUCUGUGUUGAUUACUGCUAUCAUCACUGAUGCUAUUAAAAACGGCGUAGGUCGCCCUCGGCCGAAUUUCUUUUGGCGUUGUUUUCGCAACGGAAUAGAGGCAUAUGAUCGAACGGGAAACGUGAUAUGUAACGGGAAAGAGAGCGAAAUAAGGGAAGGACACAAGAGUUUUCCAAGUGGGCAUACUUCAUGGUCAUUUGCAGGGUUAGGAUUUCUUGCCUUUUACCUAUCUGGAAAAAUGCAAGCAUUUGAUGGGAAAGGACAUGUUGCAAAAUUAUGCCCUGUGUUUCUUCCUUUGCUUGUUGCUGCACUUGUCGGAGUUUCUAGAGUCAAUGAUUAUUGGCACCAUUGGCAAGAUGUUUUCGCUGGAGCCAUUAUAGGAUUGGUGGUUUCGGCCUUCUGCUACCUUCAAUUCUUCCCUCCUCCUUAUAAUGACAACGGAUGGGGUCCAUAUGCUUACUUCAUAGCACAAGAAGAGUUCCAUAGAAGCAGAAGCAGCAGUGGCAAUGCAACACAAGCUGUGACCAUUGUUGAUCUGCCAAUGGCAGAACCAACAGUAAAUGGCAAUAACAACAACAAUACACAUUUUGAGCCAACACCUUUCCAUAACCAAACCUAUGACCAGAUGGAAAUGGGGGCAAGACAGUAGUUCUGCUUAAUUCUUUCCUAUGGCCUUUUUCUUUGCUUUUUCUUGUUUAAACAACUUUCUCUUUUCAUUUAUUUAUUUAUUUUGUUGCUGUGAAUAUAUAUAUUAUGGCAGUAGAAGUGAUUGAGUAUUGUAUCUUUUGGUUUUUUAUUUUAUAUAGACUUAUUACGAAGAA